AUGGGUCAAAUCACUCAGAAACUAGCUUCGAUUUCUCAAGCACAAGGUGCUCUACCUAGUGCAACCGUGACAAAUCCUAGAGAGCAUAAUAAUGUGAGCGCGGUGACAACACGAAAUGGUAAAUCUGAUGAAGUUGUCGAGGAAGUGGAUGAAGAGGGAUACCAAUUGAUCGAAGUGGACCUUGAGAUCAAAGAAAAUGAAGUUGUUAGGGAAAAAGUGGUAGCACCGAAACCUGUUGUAAAAGAAACAGUCAUGGAGCCCAAGCCGGUUGUUAAGCUUCCCUUCCCCACUAGAAACAAGAAAAAAGGACAACAUGAGAAAAACUUUGAAAAAUGCUUAGAGUUGUUCAAGAAGCUGGAAAUUAACAUUCCUUUGUUAGAGGCACUUGAACAAAUGCCUACUUAUGCCAAGUUCAUGAAGGAUAUCAUUUCGAAGAGGCGGUAUGAAGAUCCGAUAAAGAAGAAGGAUCGAGGAGCUGUCACUAUCCCAUGUAUUAUUGGAGAUAUGUCGUUCAACAAAGAUCUUAUUGAUCUGGGAGCUAGUGUGAGUCUCAUGCCAUUAUCCAUUUACAAGAAGAUUGGUAUAGAGGAUGUGCAAGAUACCAGGAUGACACUCCAAUUCACCGAUCAUUCGGUUAAGAAACCGUAUCGCAUUGUCGAAGAUGUUCUGGUGAAAAUUGAUAAGUUUGUAUUUCUGGUGGAUUUUGUAAUUCUUGAAAUGCCGGAGGAUGAAGAGAUGCCUCUCAUUUUGGGGAGGCCCUUUUUGGAGACGAGACAGUGCUUGAUAAACAUAGAAGAAGGAACAAUGACGCUGGAGGUGACGACAUAUGAUAACCCUUUGCAUACACCUCAGUCACCUUUGGAAAGAGUGUUGAGUUUGUCCAUUUCUUAUUCGGAUAAAGAGGUGGACAACGGGGAAUCUGAAGUGCUAGCCUUGUUGGACGCACAAACCCCGUGGAAAGGAUCUCGACCACGCCGGUGGGAGGAUUUACGCCUACCUCAAUCUAAUGAGGAUAAUGAAGAACCAAAGAAGGAAACAGAGUUGAAACAACUUCCUAAAAAUCUCAAAUAUGUCUUUCUCGAACCUGAAGGAAAAUGUCUUGUUAUCAUAAACUCGAGCCUUCAGAAUAUCCAAGAAGAAAAGCUCAUCCAAGUCUUGAAAAAGUACAAAAAUUCUAUCGGAUGGGAAAUUGGAGAUUUGAAGGGUAUUAGCCCUACUGUGUGCAUGCAUAAAAUUAUCAUGGAAGACGGCCACAAAUCGGUAGUCCAACCGCAGAGAAGACUCAAUCCUGCAAUGAAGGAAGUAGUUCGAAAAGAGGUGGUGAAAUUGUUAGACGCAGGUCUUAUAUAUCCUAUUUCUGACAGCCCGUGGGUGAGCCCGGUUCAUGUUGUCCCUAAGAAAGGGGGGACCACCGUAAUAAAGAAUGAAAAAAAUGAGUUAAUUCCUACUCGGACAAUAACCGGAUGA